AUGCCUGUUAUGAAAGGUUUGCUGGCCCCCCAGAACACUUUCUUGGAUACCAUAGCUACUAGAUUCGACGGAACCCACAGCAAUUUUGUCUUGGGAAACGCUCAGGUGCAGAACUUGUUCCCUAUAGUUUAUUGCUCAGAUGGAUUCUGUGACUUGACUGGAUUUGCCCGGGCUGAAGUAAUGCAGAAGAGUUGUGCCUGUAAGUUUCUCUAUGGCCAGGAAACCAGCGAGCAACUCAAGGUGCAGAUUCAGAAAGCUCUGGACGAGAAAAGGGAGUUUAAGACAGAAAUCCUUCUCUAUAGGAAGACUGGUGGAUCAUUCUGGUGUCUCCUUGAUAUUGUUCCUAUUAAAAAUGAGAAAAGUGAAGUGGUUCUUUUCCUGGCUUCUCAUAAAGACAUCUCAGGGUUAAGGAUGCGCUGGCGCUAUGAUGAUGAUUUAGAGGUUUACACUGACACCAGGCCACCUGGAUUCAACGCCAACCGCAGGAGAAGCAGAGCCGUACUGUAUCACCUCUCCGGACAUUUGCAAAAGCAGGAUAAGAGCAAGCUCAAGCUGAAUAAUAACGUGUUUGGCGAGAAGCCCACAAUUCCAGAAUACAAGGUUGCUGCAAUUCAGAAGUCACGCUUCAUUUUACUGCACUAUGGCACUUUUAAAGCAGGCUGGGACUGGCUCAUCCUUUUGGCCACCUUCUAUGUCGCUGUGACGGUUCCUUACAAUGUGUGCUUCGCCAUCACUCGAGAUGACUACAAUUCAUCACGUAGCCCGCCGAGUGUUAGCGACAUCUUUGUUGAGAUCCUUUUCAUGCUUGACAUUCUUUUAAAUUUCCGAACAACAUAUGUCAGCAAAUCUGGUCAGGUUGUGUAUGACCCUCGCUCUAUUUGUGUGCACUAUGCAACCACAUGGUUCUUUGUGGACCUCAUUGCUGCCCUUCCCUUUGACCUGCUCUAUGCAUUUAGUGUUAAUGUGUAUUUUGGAGUUCAUCUCCUGAAGACAGUGCGUCUACUCCGACUUCUUCGCUUGCUGCAGAAGUUGGAUCGUUACUCCCAGUACAGUGCAGUUGUAUUGACACUUCUUAUGUCUAUGUUUGCAUUGCUUGCUCAUUGGAUGGCCUGUAUAUGGUACUUUAUUGGCCAGAAGGAAAUUGAAGCUCAUGAGAUUGGAUGGUUAUAUGAGUUUUCUAAACGUCUUGGACUGCCAUAUCACCAAGUGACAAGAUUUGAUCCAUCCUUCAAUGGUAGCGCACACUCCAAUAGUAGUCAUGGGCUAAACCACUCAAUUUUGGAAAUAGCUGGUGGACCUUCUCUCCGGAGUUCUUAUAUCACGUCUUUAUAUUUUGCUCUCAGCAGCCUUACUAGUGUAGGAUUUGGGAAUGUGUCAGCCAACACAGAUGCUGAAAAGAUCUUUUCCAUCUGCACCAUGCUGAUUGGAGCCCUCAUGCAUGCAGUUGUAUUUGGUAAUGUGACUGCCAUCAUUCAGAGGAUGUACUCUCGACGAUCCCUCUACCAUACCCGUACCAAGGACCUGAAGGACUUUAUACGAGUGCAUCGUAUGCCCAAGCCGCUAAAGCAGAGGAUGCUGGAGUGUUUCCAGACUACAUGGUCGGUCAACAAUGGCAUUGAUGCCAAUGAGCUUCUUAGGGAUUUUCCCGAUGAACUAAGAGCUGACAUAGCCAUGCAUCUUAACAAGGAGAUCCUCCAGCUGCCAAUAUUCGAGUCUGCCAGUCGAGGCUGUCUACGUUCUUUGUCGCUCAGCAUUAAAACUUCUUUUUGCGCCCCAGGAGAAUAUCUGAUUAGGCAAGGGGACGCUUUACAAGCCAUAUAUUUUGUUUGUUCUGGAUCCAUGGAGGUGCUGAAAGACAAUACCGUUCUUGCCAUCUUAGGGAAAGGAGAUCUGAUUGGUUCAGACAAUCUGAACAAAAACUGGGUAAUUAAGACCAAUGCCAAUGUGAAAGCCUUAACUUACUGUGACCUGCAGUACAUCAGUCUGAAGGGACUUCGGGAGGUCUUGGAGCUUUAUCCAGAAUACUCUCAUAAAUUUAUCACUGAAAUCCAGCAUGACCUCACCUACAAUCUUCGGCAAGGCAGUGAAGCAGAUCCUGAUCUUGAGAGCAAUGGAGGUCUGAUUCAGAAGCUUCCAUCCAUUCUGGAAGAUGAUGAAUUUGAAGAUGAUGAGAAAUGUCCAUUGUCGGUUAGCCCACGAGAAGUGAGCCUAGUUGAAUCCUCGCUAAAGGUGCCUAAAGCUUAUAAUUCUCCAAUGCUAUCUCCUCUGACGCCACGUUCUUUUAAAACACCCACUAAGCGAGUAGACAAGAGUUUCGGAGACAUCCUUGGAUCAAGUGAAAAGGGCAAAUUCCCAGUUGGUGAUGGGGGAAGACCUUGUAAACUUCAGCUCCCUGCUUUUAAUCUCAAUGUUCCUCCUGUGCUGAGUCCCAGGUUUGUGGAUGGCAUUGAGACUGACUGCAGCUCUCCCACAAUGCAGACGUUUGACUUCAACACCAAACAGCUAAGCCAGGAAAAUUCACCAAGAUGUUCCAACUCAGCAGAAAACGCAGAGACCAGGAAAAGCAUUGUGAAAUUGAAUCAGGAGAUGACCGUCCUUUCUCAACAAGUCACACAGUUAAGUAAGGACCUGAAUGAGAUGCUUCAGCUUAUGAGGCCUGUACUCCUAAACCAGAGCUACAUGCAGUCCCCCUCUGUAGGUCUCCUUACACCUACCCUGAAUAACACUUACAGCAACAGCAGUGGGUUUUGCAGUGGACAGCAGUCCCAAAUUACCAUUCCUAGCCUUGUUGGAACAUCCUGUCCUGGUCAGACAAGGGCAGAUGUAGCACAACCCGACACAGCUUGGAUGGAAGCCUUAAAUCAGCCUAUCAAGGCUGCCAAGACAGAAAAUUCAUGCAGGAAAAAUGUUCACCCUGCCCUUUCUCUGGAUUCAUUCCUUAGACAUUCAUGUACUCAUCACAGACAGCACAAGAGUUGCAGCCCCAUGACUGUGAACCAAACACUGUCUCCUUGCCAUAGCCAUUCGCCCCAAACACAAAUGAACAAUGUAAGCCAGGUAAUGCACAGUAAUUCAUCCCCAGUGAUGGCUUCUCUUCAACCAUCUAACAAGCAAAAUGAAGUGCAGAAGUCCAGCCCUAGUUUUACAACCAGCAGAUCAUUCUGUAGCCCUAAAGAUGCCGACCCAAUAAAAGACAGAGUGGCCGACCUCUUGGGAUUGAUGUCACGAGACUAUAGAGAGACAUCUCCUGCAGCUCUGGAACUGGUCCGCAGUUCUUCUGGAGACUCACAAGGGGACAUCAUCAGGUUCAUAGAUGACGAGGGCACUAAUGUGUAA